AUGUCAAGUCUGGUAUCUGACGUCGCUUUCGACUUCACCUUGGCCGACUCUCCUGCGUCGCUGGAUCGACCUCUCACCCCCCGUCAAGACUUCUGCAUCCACCAAAACUACUACUUUGACACGUCCUUUCUCGACAUUCCACAGCAUUCUCGCCAUGCCCGUUCCUCAUCUAAGGCUUCUUCCGUCUACUCCGUCGUCUCUGCGGUUGAGUCUAUCGCCGACUCUGUCUGCACCAGAAUGACAACGCCCCCCAGAGCAACUCCCCCAGUUCGUCAACAUGGUCCUCUCCUGCUGCCCAAGAUUCGGCCACAGGACCAGCAAGUCAGUAAUCCUGUCGUCCUGGCUCCUCGGUCGCAAACCAUGACCCCUCCUCCCCAGCGCAAAGUCUCGAAGAAGCAGAAGCGCGCCACGCACCCUCGCAGUCAAACUAAAUCGGAGGCAAUCACCGACAUGGCCAUGUCUCGCCUGGCAUUUUCACGCCCCGCCAAGGAGCAAGACGUCCUGUGCUCGCCCUUGUGCCUACCCAGAGACUUGGAUUCACGCCGCUCUUCGACCUACUCUACGGUGGAUGCCACAGUGGUAGAUGGCUAUGGUUUCCCUCCCUACCACCCCUUGAGCUUCAUGCCUGAAGACUACUCCAUGCCUCAAGAUUAUAGCUACCAUUUUGCGGCGAGAUCUACCUCGCCCUUGAGUAUGGCCUCCACUCCCGAGCCGACGGCAACCCUAUCACUUAUGAGCUUUCUUACGUCGCCCAGCCCAGCAGCCUCGCUUGUUCGUACCGUCUCUUACCCUAUUCGCGAUCCCAACACCAAGUACUUUUGGUGGGACGCUCGCAACAUCCGCCAGUGGUCCGCUUUUAGCAUGUCUGCCAUCAUGGCUCUGCCUGGUGCAUCCGGUCUUUUGAGCACACCUGUUCCCGCGCCUCUCCUGCCUGAGCCUACAUUCUCCGCCCGCCACCCCGAGACGGAGGCUUCGCUCCACGCCAUAUAUGCUUCGUACUACCUGCCCAAGCUCAACUCAGCCCUGUCCAUCUCUUCCAACCAACCAUUGCAGCUCUCCGUUCCCAAUCGCAUCCCUGCCAACAUGAAUGAACCACUGUUUGUCGGCAACGUGACUGGGGACUCUUCCACGGCCGCCGCCAUGUUUGGUGGCAAGCCUACUGCUCGUGUCGUCGGUAUUGUGCGCAGCUUUGACCGCUUCAACACUGCAAUGCGCGUCGAGGGCAACAUCAAGCGCGUCGAGUACCUUCGCGGCCUUGCCGCCAUUCACCAUGCCAUGCGCGAGCACAGCUGCCGCUACGGCUUCAUUCUUACGGAGAUUGAGCUCGUCCUUGUCCGCAACGGCAAAGAUGAGGUUCCCAACUUUGGCGAGCUAGAUGUCGCUUCCAUUCCUCUAAACACCGCCGCCGACGACUGCGACCUGUCCCAAGUCCAGCCCGAAUCGCCUCCUCUGACUGCCUGCCUUGCCCUUUGGGGUCUGUGCCAGAUUGCCAGCGAUAGCACCUGCGGCCACGCUCCCUACAAGACGGAGAUUGGUGCCCCAGUCGAGGGCACCCGCCGCAAGGCCCUCAAGCGCGACGACUGGAUCCCCCAACCCCAGCUGGCCGAGAAGCGUGAAGCCACGAGAGCCCGUGGCUGGACCUGGCCGGAGGACGCGGUUGGCCGCCGAGAGCUCGGCAAGCGCGGCGUCAAGUACGCCGCCAUGUGA